UUUAACUCCGUUUAACAGAUUGCCAGCUCUUAACGAAACGUAUGGCGACGGCACGCUAAGUCUGGUUAACCAAUUUUUUUUUACAUAUCCGAGUAUCUCGAGGUCCGGGAACGGAUUACUGAGAGUGCAGGGCCUAUGAGGGCACUCAGGGACACUGGACACUACAAAAGGAUUCGUAAUGUCGAGCGGAUAAGUGGAUAAGAAGCCGCGAUUCGUGGCACUUCGAAAGUAACCAGUGGAUCUGAUACGAGUAAUCAUGGAGGGACCAGAGGUCACAUUUCUCUUUCAAUUCGGUUUGAUACGAGAUACUGUAACUGCUGAUGCCAGCACAUUAACAUUAAAGGCCCUUAAGGAUUUUGCCUGUGAUUUCAUAAACGCCAAAUGUCCGGACCAUGGUUUAAGCCAGUUGAAUGAUAGAUUACUGCUAUUCAAGCAUGAUUAUAAUUCCACUAAUAUUUUACAACUUAUUACCAAUGCCACGGAAGUGAUUGAUGAAACUUUAGUUGAAAUCGUUCUGAGUGCACAAGUGCCAAGUGAAGAAGUUCCAAUUCGACCUCAUGCUUUAGCCGUUCAUUCAUAUAAAGCACCAACUUUUUGUGACUUUUGUGGAGAAAUGUUAUUUGGUCUUGUUCGACAGGGCCUUAAGUGUGAAGGUUGUGGAAUGAAUUAUCACAAACGUUGUGUAAUAAAAAUUCCUAACAAUUGCUCACAAGAUGCCAAUAAUAGACGACGCAGCUCAACACUUUUAAACAUUCCGCGAUCUCCUAGUCAGGGAUCGACUAGCAGUCUGACUAGUGCUAGUGAUGACAACCAUAGCAUGACCACGCCAAAUACGAGUCACAAUAACAGUACAUUGGCAAUUCCAAGCAUAAUAGCUCCAAAACAAUCGCGCUCCCCCUCUUUAGGUGGCCGUCCUGUUUGGGUAGAACGUGAAUUAGCAACCCGAAUAAAGAUUCCACAUACAUUCGUUGUACAUACUUAUACUCGACCAACCGUGUGUGGUCUGUGUAAGAAAUUGUUACGAGGGAUUUUUAAGCAAGGUUUACAGUGUAAAGACUGUCAAUACAACGCACACAAGAAAUGUAUUGAUAAAAUUCCAAAAGAUUGUACAGGAGAAAGUACCAAGGAUAAUCCAGUAGGUAGUGAGUACCCUGAUAGUGACGUUGGUAGUGAAACCGAUGGAAGAUGUGAUGGUAGAAAUGAAGAAGGUGAUGCUGAUAGCGAUGCCGAAUCACCACCGCCACCGAUAUCAAAUUCUUCACAUAAUGAAAAUGAGAAUAGCUUAAAUGGAUGCUAUUCGGAUCUGAUUCCAAGUCGGGAACGCGUUUCAUCUGAUGAACUUCAAAAAUCCAGGCCAUCAAGUUGCAGCUCAUCGCCUAGUAAUAAUAUUCCACUAAUGCGAAUAAUUCAAAGCGUCAAACACACAAAACGACGGGGUUCAAAAGUGUUAAAAGAAGGCUGGAUGGUACAUUGCACUAAUCGCGAUCCAGUAAAAAAACGGUACUAUUGGCGGCUCGACACAAAGUCCAUAACAUUAUUCCAAAGUGAUAGUGGCUCUAAAUACUACAAAGAAAUUCCAUUAUCUGAAAUUCUAGCCAUUGAAACUGCCAGAUCUCUACAUUCCCGCACAAUGCAUUGUUUUGAAUUAAGAACUGCAAACGUAGAUUAUUACGUUGGAGAAGAUCCAUUGCACGGUGAAACUGGUGAACAACUUCCUCCGCCAGAAAGUGGUGUUGGAGCGUAUUUAGCUAGAUCUUGGGAAACUAGCAUCAGACAGGCAUUAAUGCCGGUUACUUCGACAUUUGGAAAUCAAGAACAGUCAUUGGAACCGGAAGAACGCAUAACCGACAUGUCGCAGCUUUAUCAAAUUUUCCCAGAUGAAGUUCUCGGAUCAGGACAAUUUGGAAUAGUUUACGGAGGUGCUCACCGUAAAACAGGACGUGCCGUUGCUAUAAAGGUUAUCGAUAAACUUCGUUUUCCUACGAAACAGGAAGCACAACUUAAGAAUGAAGUUGCUAUUCUACAAAAUCUCUCACACAAUGGCGUUGUCAAUUUGGAAAGGAUGUUCGAAACGCCUGAGAGAAUAUUCGUAGUAAUGGAAAAGUUGAAAGGCGAUAUGCUAGAGAUGAUCCUAAGUUCUGUAAAGGGGCGCCUCAGCGAAAGAAUCACGAAGUUCCUCAUUACUCAGAUAUUGGUUGCCUUGAAACAUUUGCAUAGCAAAAACAUUGUACAUUGUGAUUUGAAGCCGGAGAACGUUUUGUUAAGUAGCAAUAGUGACUUUACGCAGGUGAAAUUAUGCGAUUUUGGCUUUGCCAGAAUUAUUGGAGAGAAAAGCUUCCGAAGAAGCGUUGUUGGCACUCCUGCUUAUUUAGCUCCCGAAGUCUUAAGAAACAAGGGGUAUAAUCGUUCUUUGGAUAUGUGGAGCGUUGGUGUCAUCGUAUAUGUCUCACUUAGUGGUACAUUCCCAUUUAACGAGGACGAGGACAUUAACGAACAAAUUCAGAAUGCUGCCUUUAUGUAUCCACCCAAUCCGUGGAAAGAAAUAUCUUCAGAUGCCAUUGAUCUGAUCAAUAAUUUAUUGCAAGUCAAACAGAGAAAGAGGUAUACAGUUGAUAAGAGCUUGCAGCAUGUUUGGUUACAAGACUACCAAACCUGGUGCGAUCUCAGGGAGCUGGAAGCUCAAGUUGGUACUAGAUAUUUGACACAUGAAAGCGAUGAUGCUCGUUGGAUGGCUUACGCUAGUCAACACGCAUGACAAAGCUAUCCGCCUACGAUAAAAAUUGAAUCCUCACCAACAGUACCUUCAUUGCAUAAAGGUUGGGCGCGUAGUGCGCGUGCAACUCUUCGGCGUUUCAUUCGCGCGUGACGAAGCAAAAGUUUACGAGAUGUGUUCCAUGCGCCACUAAGCUGAAAUAUUCUUGAAGAAUCAAUACUUAAGGGAACACCUCACUGAACUGUGAUUAGUUACUCAUACUCCCAUUUCAUAGAGACUACUUUAUUUUAAACACUAGUACCAAUCUCUAGCUGUUGGCACUAAAUACACCAAAAUCUUGUGUAAAUCUAUAUGUGAUCUGAGAUCGUUACGAAUUUUAAAUGGUAACUACUCUUAGUCUAUAGAUAGCCCUUUACGAGACAUUCGGAAAAUAUUUUCUCAAAAUGCUUCCGAAUCGUGAGGCUUUACGUUUCAAAAUUUAGAGAUUUUGCCAAUUUCUAAUGUUAAUAGUUAGAUAGACGGCAACUAGUUGAGAGUUUAACGAACAAUUAAUUUAUAGUAUCUUUGUAAACCUGCAGUGAUGUAUUCUCUUCGGAGAUCGGCAGAGUAAGAACAUGCUUUGUUAUAUGAGGUGGAAUCAGGCAUACCAACCGAUCAUUCAAACGUUCAGAAAUACUUGUAAUACUUGAAAACUAAUUCCCUUGCUCGUACCUCGGGUUUAGGACCAAGAAACGUCUUCUGUUUAUUGUCUGUAAACAAUUGAAAGAUAUCUCUUAAUGCUAAAAGAAAGGUAUAAGUAAGGGCGUAAAGCAUGACAAAAGUACUAUAAUGGGUCAUCACUAAACGAGACAGUAUACUUUUUAUGCAAUGUUUGUAAUAAUCAUGAAACGUAUUACGUACGUUUUAAUCAAAUUGAUUAAGCAUUUUCAUUACACUUUUGGGAUAAGAUGAACGUGUUUCUUAAAGGGCAAUGUACCAGUGAGUAGAAUAUCAUUGAUUCGACGAUUGCAAUCGAGGAGUUAAUUAAAAUAUGUUAAAAUUAGCACUUUAUUGAUGGAAGAUUUUACUCAAUUUUGGUUAGGACGCCAGUCAGUGUGCUCUGUCGUUAAAGUGUUAACCAUUUUUAUGAGCCAGCAAAGAAGAUGGUUAUAAAUUAAGUGCCACACAGUCAAAAUAUAUCCUUACAAGAGAUAUGAGAAAUGAUCAUGUUUGGAUUAUUACAUUUUAUGACGUCUCUUAUUAUUUUACCAUUUUCUUAAUACUACUUUUUCACGUGACUUAAAUGUUAUAAUAUGUAUAACAAUUUCAAGUUUAUGUUAACAAAUGUUAAUAUUAACUUACUGUUCAGUAUCAUUACUACUUAAGGCCUUUGAAUAGUCAUAUGGGAUUUAUACUUGGUAAACGAUUUUACAGACAAAAUUCCUGACAGUGGCACAAGUACACCGUAAAUAUUCCUAUAUUCAUCACUUAAAUGGUACCGUAUUUAAUGCAUUUCCUUUUGUUUCAAUCCAGCAUUUCACGAGGUCGUGUGCAUACUGUACAUUAAGGAUAAAAUGAAGUUCAAAGCAUCACAGAGUGCAUAUACUUAUAAUUUAUAAUAUAUAACUAUAGUAAAUAAGGUGCUUGAAUUAACGCAAUAGGCAUGUAUAUACAUAUAGACAAACAUUCGUGCAUUUAAACAUCAAAAUUUUGAUCGUACUAACCCAAUUUACAGCCAAUCCAAGUUGCUAAUCAGAUAAAUACAAUUGCGUCUUUCUGUAAAAUUACUGAAAGAAUUGCAGUGCAUCAGUAAAUAAUUACAGGAAAUCGUUUCUUUUAUGAGUUAUUUGCUCUAGGUAUUAACAUACAUACUUAUCUACCAAAAAAUUACUUUCAUUUACAAAAUAAUUUCUACAUGUAUAAACGUAUUUUUCCUGUUGGCGUUUUAUACUUAAUAAGAAGAAGACAAUAGCAUUAUGAGCUGAUUGAUCUACUUGGUAUUCUUCGGUUACUACUCAGAAGUACGAUAUGACAAUAAUAUAACGUACUGUUUCUAAUAAUUCUUCUUCAAUUACUAAAAUACAGCCCUGUAAAUAUUCAAUGCAGCCAAGUAAAGGAAAGAUCAUAUUGUAAAUUUUGAACAAAAAUGCAUUUACUGAUCAAUUGUCAGAAUAUGCAACCGACAGUAUCUCUCAGUACGCCUUUACAUAAGAGAAUGCUGCAACACUAAUAUAUUUUAGGUAUUAUUUAAAGGCAAUACGUUCCAAUUGCUUCCGCAAACAUAGGAGAUUAAGUACUUAUUCAGAGUUUUAACUAUAUUUAAAUCUUUAAUAAGUUAAUAAGCGAAGGUUGUGGGAUCUGAUUAAUUUACUAUUAUAUUUUAAUGAAUCGUACUCAUUUUAUUAUAUAUUUUAUACUAUUCGAGACAUUUAUUAAUUAUAUUAAGACAAAUGGGCAGUCAAUUAUUUGACUAUUUAAUUUGUUAUUUCUAUUAACUGUAUUUGUGGAAAAAUGAUCUGUUUUGGCUCAACGUGAAAAAGAUUAUAUUUUUCAUAUUUUAUCUGUGCCUGGAGAUAUUCUGUGUAAUUCUUUUAUCGUAAUUAAUUUAUUGUAAAGUUCUAUAUAUCGUUCGUACGCAUACAGUCAUACGAUAAAAAUCUCAUUUUAUAACAAAAAAUGAAAAGCUAUUAAUCUGUGUAUGUCUUGCACAGAAUCCGAAACAUGAAAUCCGUAAAAUAAACCAGGUACAAAUAAAAUACUGAUUUUAUCAAGAAAACAUUUUGUACAUUAUGUUAUGGCACUGCUAAAUUCCAUAAUAUUCCUGUGUUAUUUACGUGUUUUCAUUUUUACAGAAUAUAUUAUUUUUAUAUUUUA